AUGUCUGAAAAAGUUUUACGUCGAACAACUUUCAGUGGAAGAUUGAAUGAUCAUAAUUCGGAAGAUGAUGUGAAAAAAGUGAUAGGAAAAGGAUUAUUUUUUAUGGUUUUGGAUAUUGUUAUUGUUCUGUUUGUUUCUAGCAUGUUGUUCUUCUGGUUUGCUGGGUGAGUUUUAUGAAUUUGUUUGGGGUUUACUUAUCACGGGUUUUUUCAAAUGAUAUGAUAAUUUUUUUUGAAAACAUUAGAAAAUCAAAACAUUAAUGUUCACGUUCAGUACAAAAAAGGUUUAUUUUUGGUGAUCAAAAAUGAUAAAUUUCUAUAUAAUUAUUUUAAAAAUGAUAAUUUUGUGCUCAGAAUACCAAAACAUUUGAAUAUCUAAACCCUAUUCUAUAAAUCUGGAAAUUUAAUCAAUUUAUUUCAGACAAGGAAUCUCUCCAUAUGAACGUCCAUUUCCAUGUGGCGAUGAAUCGAUUCGACAACCUUUCAAACAAAAUACAGUCGGACUAAAACAUCUUCUCGCCGUCUCACUUGGAUCGCCAUUUUUUGUUGUUGCAUUGGUUGAAGCGAUUGUCUUUUUUUAUUCGAGGGUUAGUGAUUUUUGCGGGAUUUGAAUUGAAAUUAGCAGAUUAGAAAACAUGGGCUGAAAAUUCAGCUUUCAAAUUUUCUUGAAAAUGAAACUAACCAAAUUUUUUAAAAAUCUGGGUUUUUCAAAUUUUGCUGGAAAAUUGUAUUUUCAACUCCAAAAGCUAUUUUCUCUUGUGCAAAACGAAAUAAAAUUCGAAAGAUCAAAAAUCUCUCGUUUUGGUCGUAAAGUGCUUAAAAGUCUAUGUAAACACAAUUUAGUGACAAUCAUGUCUGGCUCGAAAAAACUUGAAAAGCCUAAUAAGGGAGCAAGGGUUGAAAAAUGUUAAUAAAAAAACCGUGAACCACAAAAUCACAAACUUAUAUUCGUUCCAGGGUGAAAAUCGUUUAUCCAACUAUUUCAAAACAACAACAAUAAUUUAUCUCAAAUAUUUAUUGAUUUAUGCAACAUGCACAUUUGCUAUGGAAUUUCUCAAAUGUUAUAUUGGAAGACUUCGCCCACAUUUUGUGUCUAUUUGUCAACCAGAUUGGACAAAAGUUGAUUGUUCGAAUCCAGAAAAUGAGAUCACUGUUGAUCAAUUGGUAUGCACUAAUCCAGAGUUGAGAAAGAUUCGAACCGCUAGAACAUCAUUCCCAUCCGGACAUACUGCCGCAGCUGUUCAUGCUUGGCUUUUUGUUGUGAUUUAUCUUACAAGGUUGGUUUUUUAUUCAAAAAAAAUGAGCUUGAUUUCUUCUAUUUCAAAUGAUGGAACACAUUUUUAUCAAAACACUGUUCCAGAAUGGCAUCACGAACUGGAAUUGUCCACGUCUUCUCAAUUCGCAAUUUCCUUGUUCCACUUUACACAAUCUGGACAUUGUUUACUGCUGUCACACGAGUCACUGAUAAUUGGCAUUUCCCAACUGAUGUUCUUGGUGGAACGAUUCUUGCGUUCGCAUGUAUUCUCCCAGCUUUUUAUCGCUCAUGGACAACAACUUCUCAAAUUUAUGAAUCUCGUGAAUUGGCUCAACCAAAAGCUGACAAAUCCCAAUAA